AUGGUUGCAAAAAGCAAAACUACCAAAAUUACUCUUAAAAAAAAAACUGUCAAGGCUGCAGGAAAAUUAGUUAAAACAAAAGCAGUCAAAGCAAAAGGAAAAAACAUGAAAGCUAAAACAACCGUAUCAAAAUCAAAGAAGUUAAACCCAAAAAAAUUAAUUAAUAAAAAGGCAAAAUCCAUAAAAUCUAAAAUUGCAAAAAAAGCCGUCAAAAAAGUUGUUAAAAAUGUUGUCAAAAAAGCUGUUAAAAAAAUGAUUAAAAAACAAAAAUAA